CCAGACGUGUAACCUACGCGUAACCGCGCAAUUUCUGUUUGCGAUAAAUUUGAGGGUCAAUUUCCCUGUCAAUCAAGAGUUUUAACUUGACUCAUCUCCAGUCCAGCUCUAUCUAUAUAUAUCUACGCAGAUACAUCGAAAUGUGUGCAGAUAUCUGAAGCUUAAGUAAUUAUAUUUAACGAAAUAUGGGACAAGGAGCCUCGGACGGUAUUCCCAUUCCUGACACAGUGGGCAGCAUAAUACAACAGGCGCGAACUAUCACCGACGUAGCCAGCCUCAGCUAUGAUGAUUUCCUCCAAUGUGUCAGCCAACUUAACGCUUUGUGCAGCAGGUGUGUGGACAGCAAAGGCAGGAAGCUAGUGUUCGCGGUAAAGAGAGGCACCGACUCGUCAAUUCUGUGGAAAAGCACAGUUCGCAUUGCGUGCAUCAGGGUCAGCAUUGUCACCAACCAGAUUGAGAGCCACAAGGUGCUCAACCUUCACCAGCUUCUAAAGGUGUCGCACACAUUGAAAGGACACCUGGUUGCGGCCGAGAGCAGCUCCUCAGGGUCGCAUCCUGAUCUUCUUAGCUCUUCCGUUCUACUAGAAGACAUGGAGGUUGCGUCCUGCUCUUCAGGAAGCUCAGUAGAGUGUUGCAUAUGUUUGGAAAGAAAACCUGAUGUGAUCCUGCCCUGCGCGCACAGUUAUUGUUUGCCGUGCAUCGAACAGUGGAAUGUCAACCACAAAACUUGUCCCAUCUGUAGGGAAAAGCUUGAGAGCACCGACGACUCAUGGGUCAUCUCUGAAGCACCAGACAGCGAGGAGGUCAACCAGGAGCUUGAGAAAUCCCUACUUAAUCUUUCAGGUGGCAAUACGUAAACUAUGAGGCUGCCACAUAUUUAUAUGCAUACUGGCUGUGUUGUUUAUAUAAUGCGAAUGCAUGAAAUGACAUUACCAAAUGAUUAUUGAUGUAAUAUUAAUCUUUGAAUUAAAUUUUCUAUUUGUUUUAAUUUUAUGAGAGAUGUUUUGUGCUGAUGCUUGUUAAUAGUUUAUAUAUUUUAAUGAAACGGACUUAUGAAAAGGAACGUAUCCAAAUAAAAGCGAUAGUAUCGAUAUUAUGAA